AGGGAGUCCUAGAAAAACAUGGCCAUGGCCCCAGGCCCUUCCCUGGCUCAGGUGUACACCAGCCCCGUGGCAGUGGCCGUGUGGGAAUGGCAGGACGAGCUGGGUACUUGGCACCCCUACAGUGCCACUGUCUGUAGCUACAUUGAGCAGCAGUUUGUCCAGCAGAAGGGCCAGCGCUUCGGGCUGGGGAGCUUGGCCCACAGCAUCCCCUUAGGCCAGGCUGACCCCUCUCUGGCCCCUUACAUCAUCGACCUCCCCAGCUGGACCCAGUUUCGCCAAGACACUGGCACUAUGCGGGCUGUGCGGAGGCAUUUGUUUCCCCAGCAUUCAGCCGCAGGCCGAGGCAUUGUCUGGGAGUGGCUGAGUGACGAUGGCUCCUGGACAGCCUAUGAAGCCAGCGUCUGUGACUAUCUGGAGCAGCAGGUGGCCAGCGGCAACCAGCUUGUGGACUUGGGUCCCCUGGGGUACAACUACACUGUCAACUAUGCCACCCACACGCAGACCAACAAGACUUCGAGCUUCUGCCGUAGCGUGCGGCGCCAAGCAGGGCCCCUGUACCCGGUGACCACCGUCAUUGCUCCACUGGGCCACACAGGAGUCACCUGCUCUUGCCACCAGUGCCUCAGUGGCAGCGGAACUGGCCCCGUGUUAGGCCGCUACCGCCACUCCAUGACCAACCUCCCCUCGUACCCUGUCCCUCAGACCCCCCACAGGACGACCAUUGUCUUUGGGGCUCAUCAGGCCUUUGCCCCGUACAACAAGCCCUCACUCUCUGGGGCUAGGUCUGCACCCAGGCUAAACACUACGAGCCCCUGGAGUGGGGCACCUCCCACUCUGGGGAACCAACCUGUCUACCGCUCCAGUCUCUCCCACCUGCAGCACCUGCCCCCAGGAUCUUCCACUUCUAGUGGAGCCAGUGCCACCCUUCCCAGCGGUCCCGCCAGCAGCCCUGGGAGCGUCCCCGCCAGUGUGCCUGUGCACGUCCCCGCCAGUGUGCCUGUGCAGAUGCCAAAGCCCAGCAGGGUCCAGCAGGCCCUUGCAGGCAUGACGAGUAUUCUGAUGUCAGCCAUUGGACUCCCUGUGUGUCUUAGCCGUGCACCUCAGCCCGCCAGCCCUCCCGCCUCCUGUCUGGCCUCUAAAAGUCACAGCUCAGUUAAGAGAUUGAGGAAAAUGUCCAUGAAAGGUAGUUCCUGGACUCCAAAGCCAGAGCCAGAGCAGGUGAUAAAAAACUAUACCGAAGAGCUGAAACAUCCCCCAGAUGAGGACUGCAUCAUCUGUAUGGAGAAACUGUCUCUGGUGUCUGGGUACAGCGAUGUGACUGACAGCAAAACCAUUGGGCCCAUGGCUGUGGGCCGUCUCACCAAGUGCAGCCAUGCCUUCCACCUGCUCUGCCUGCUGGCCAUGUACUGCAAUGGGAACAAGGAUGGAAGCUUACAGUGUCCUUCCUGCAAAACCAUCUACGGAGAGAAAACUGGAACCCAGCCCCGGGGGAAGAUGGAGGUGUUCACGUUCCAGGCAUCCCUCCCUGGCCAUGAAGAUUGCGGGACAAUACUCAUAGUUUACAACAUUCCUCAUGGCAUACAGGGCCCCGAACAUCCCAACCCUGGAAAGCCAUUCACCGCCAGAGGGUUUCCCCGCCAGUGCUAUCUUCCGGACAAUCCCCAAGGCCGUAAGGUCCUGGAGCUCCUGAAGGUGGCCUGGAAGAGGCGACUUAUCUUCACAGUAGGGACAUCCAGCACCACAGGCGAGACUGACACAGUAGUAUGGAAUGAGAUCCACCACAAGACAGAGAUGGACCGCAAUGUGACAGGCCACGGCUACCCCGACCCUAACUACCUGCAGAACGUGCUGGCUGAGCUGGCUGCCCAAGGGGUGACCGAGGACUGCCUGGAGCAGUAG